AAACUCAAAAACAGAAAAUUAAAAGGUACCCUUGAACGAGUUGAAAAGUAUACUCAAGAAGCAGCUCAUAAAGCUGCAAGUCAUGAACUAUUGCUAAUCGAAGAGCCUGGUUAUUUGGAAGCUGAAGGAAUCGAAAAAACAUUUAACAUCACACAAAAGAAAUUAAAGGAACAGUUGGAUGAGAGUUCUGCUAAAAAGAUAUUUGAUCUUCAAUUAACUACAUUUGGUCCAUAUUCUCUGGAUUACACUCGUAACGGACGGCAUAUAGUCAUUGGAGGCCGUAAAGGCCAUUUAGUAACUCGGGAUUGGCAAGAAAACAAACCAGGCUGUGAAAUUCAUGUAAAAGAGACUGUUCGAGAUGUAAAGUGGCUUCAUAAUGAACUUUUCUUUGCUACAGCACAAAAAAAAUAUGUCUUUAUAUAUGAUAACAAUGGUCUCGAAAUACAUCGUCUAAAAAAACAUAUAGAAGUGAAUAAGCUUGAAUUUUUAUCUUAUCAUUUCUUGUUGGUUUCUGUGGGAAAUGCGGGUUGGUUAAAAUAUCAGGAUACUUCAACUGGCAAAUUGGUGGCCGAAUUGAGGACAAAAAUGGGUGGAUGUGAUACGAUGGCACAAAAUCCUUGGAAUGCUAUCAUUAAUUUAGGGCAUACGAAUGGUACCGUAACAUUGUGGUCACCCAACAUGUCGACUCCAUUAGUCAAAAUGCUCACACAUAAGGGUCCUGUAAAAGCUAUCUCAGUAGACCACACCGGAAAUUAUAUGGCAACAUCUGGGCUUGAUGGUCAGCUUAAAUUAUGGGAUAUCCGAACGUAUAAACCUUUACAAGAAUAUUUUACUCGAACUCCUGCCUCGUCUCUUUCUAUAUCUCAAUCGGGACUUCUAGGAGUUGGAUGGGGUCCACAUAUAACCAUUUGGAAAAAUGCUUUUCGAAUAAAGCAAAAAUCACCUUAUAUGAACCAUUUGCAGCCAGGGACACAAAUCCAUGAUAUAAAAUUUUGUCCAUAUGAAGAUGUGCUCGGAUUUGGUCAUUCUGAUGGCAUUUCAAGUAUAUUAAUUCCUGGCUCCGGAGAACCUAAUAUUGACAGUUUGGAGGCAAACCCGUUUCAGACUAAAAAGCAGAGGCAGGAAGCAGAAGUGCAUAGUUUAUUAGAUAAAAUCCAACCUGAAAUGAUUACAUUAGAUCCUACGUUCAUUGGUAACAUUGAUAGAACCUCGAAAGAGAUACAAGAAAAAGAGCAGAAAGAACAAGAGGAAGAGGAGCGUGCCUAUGACGGAAAGCGGGAACUUCGUAAUAAAGCGCGUGGUAAAAAUUCAUCAUUGAAAAGAUAUCUUCGUAAGAAACAAAAGAAUGUGAUUGACGAACGAAGGAUGAAAAUUCUACGUCUUGAACAAGAGAGAAAGGCCUACAAAAGACACCAAAAAGAAACAGAUAAUAAACCUCCAACAGCAUUAGAUAGGUUUGCUAACAAAAAACGGAAGCUAUUUUAA